AGUACGAUCCAAGAGGCGACGGAUAUUUAUGAUUAGCUACGAUACCAAGUAUGCAUCAAACUACAGUGCGACGAGUCUUAAUUCUACUAAAACAAUCCGGCUCUGAUGCUGGAGUAAAUUAUACUUAAAACACCUCCGAAGAACUUGUAGUGUGGUUAGGGAGGAGGUGGAUCCAUCGUGAUUUACAACUUUUCUAUCGAAGCGGUUAUGAGGCGGAAACCAUAGGAAGUCCGGAUCGAGGCACUGACUAACUACUUGGAAACAUAUAUCAAANUAGAGCCACUAAGGACGGGCACAAGGCCCCAGCGUGGGGACCCUGUCCCCACGCGUGGGUCUUGUUUGUCAUGCAAAAUACUCAGUCCACCCUUUGCCUCUUGGCACUGUUUGCAUGACAAGUUCUGGUAGCCCAAAUAGCACUACACUCCACGUGCAAAUUUGUCAUGCAGAACCGGCAUUCUUGCUGAUCCUGAUGCUUGUAUUGCCGUUCAUGCUAUACAAAUGAGGGGGAGGGGGAGUUGUGCACUCUCAUAUACCAAGUACGAUCCAAGAGGCGACGGAUAUUUAUGAUUAGCUACGAUACCAAGUAUGCAUCAAACUACAGUGCGACGAGUCUUAAUUCUACUAAAACAAUCCGGCUCUGAUGCUGGAGUAACUUAUACUUAAAACACCUCUUAAGAACUUGUAGUGUGGUUAGGGAGGAGGUGGAUCCAUCGUGAUUUACAACUUUUCUAUCGAAGCGGUUAUGAGGCGGAAACCAUAGGAAGUCCGGAUCGAGGCACUGACUAACUACUUGGAAACAUAUAUCAAAUGCAAAAAUGUCUGGGUCUGGAAGAAUGCAAGUUUGUCAUGCUUGUCUGGCAUGACUCGAGAAUCUGUGUUGCAUAGGCACGAAAGAGCCCUCUUUACUGUCACGCGAAAAGGCAGUUUGCCUUUGCCAUGCGGAAUACUCAAGACAUGGCAGCCACAAAAUUUGUCAUGCUUAUCUGCGUACCGCGGCGCGUCUAUCAUUCACUUUUAACAUUACAAGUUUCCAGACCCAGACAUGUUUCCAUUUGAUAACAUAGUAUGAUCCAAGAGGCGACGGAUNCCGCGGCGCGUCUAUCAUUCACUUUUAACAUUACAAGUUUCCAGACCCAGACAUGUUUCCAUUUGAUAACAUAGUAUGAUCCAAGAGGCGACGGAUAUUUAUGAUUAGCUACGAUACCAAGUAUGCAUCAAACUACAGUGCGACGAGUCUUAAUUCCAUAAACGAUCCUCCGGCUACUUUGAUGCUGGAGUAAAUACUUACUUAAAACAAAAAACUACACCUAGGUGUAGUUUCGGACCACGAUGAGGGGGCGAGCAGGUGAAUCCAUGUAUGGAUCACAUUGACUGCUCUAUCGAACUACAAGCGGAUAUGAGGUGGAAGAUCUUGCAGAAGCGGAGCCGUUAUGCUAUUGGUUUUUUCGAAAAACAAAGCCACACGACACGACACGACACAUGAAAGGUUCUUAUCAAGAAAUACAAAGAAGUUAAGAAAAACUUUGGAGUUCUUCUUGCUGAUAGCCAUGGCUGUUGUAAGAAGUACUAGCUGUGCUUUAGCGCUAUCUUCUGUAGUGAUGUGGAAGUAGCGCCAUGAGAGAAAAAUUAUAGCGCCACCUGUGAUAGUCUUCGUCUUCACUGAAGCCGCUUGGAGCUCCAAGAUUUUGAAGUCGGAGAAGGAUUUUGUUUCGAUCUGGGAAG